AUGCCAAAGUCAACUGGUUCUUACAACUGUCUUCGAUCGUCAUUUAGAAAACGCGUGGCGACAAAUCGUUAUUAUGCUGGAGGCGAUAGCCCGGAUGAGACGCGAAACAUCACCUACACUGAGCUUCAUGAUGAAGUAUCACGCUUUGCCAACGUAUUAAAAGAACAAGGCGUACAGAAAGGCGAUCGCGUAUCACUGUACCUCCCCAUGAUUCCAGAAGCUGCGGUUGCGAUGCUAGCGUGUACACGUAUCGGAGCGGUUCAUUCUAUCGUCUUUGGUGGCUUCUCCCCAGAAGCAUUAGCCAGUCGCAUUAAUGAUUCUGAUUGUAAGGUCGUGAUAACAUCGGAUCAAUCCAUGCGGGGUGGUCGCAAAAUUCCGUUGAAAAUAAAUGCCGAUACGGCACUGAGAAAUUGCCCCGGUGUCACCAGCUGUAUUGUUGUGAAGCGUGGUGGUGAGCCAGUAGACUGGACGGAAGGCCGUGAUAUUUGGUAUGGCGAUGCCAUUGCUGCCGCUAACCCAGUCUGUCCUCCUGAAGAAAUGGAUUCAGAAGAUCCUUUGUUUAUUCUUUAUACAUCAGGUUCCACAGGUACGCCAAAGGGUGUUUUACAUUCAACCGGAGGAUAUCUAGUACAAGCGGCGAUGACGCAUGAAGCGGUUUUUGAUUAUAAAGACGGUGAUAUUUACUGGUGUACUGCGGACGUAGGCUGGGUAACAGGUCACACCUAUAUCGUCUAUGGCCCCUUAACCAAUGGCGCAACUACCCUUAUGUUUGAAGGAAUUCCCACAUAUCCUGAUAUCUCGCGUUUCUGGCAAGUGGUGGACAAACAUCAAGUCAAUAUUUUCUAUACAGCACCGACCGCCAUUCGCUCGUUAAUGGCGGCGGGUAAUGAAGCUGUUGAAGCAACCUCUCGUGCAUCCUUGAAGGUAUUAGGGACAGUUGGCGAACCAAUCAACCCCGAAGCGUGGGAGUGGUAUCAUAAUGUCGUGGGUAAUGGAAAAUGCCCUAUUGUUGAUACUUGGUGGCAAACAGAAACAGGUGCGCAUAUGAUGACACCUUUGCCAGGCGUUCAUGCACUCAAACCUGGCUCAGCCACAGCGCCUUUUUUUGGUGUAAACCCCAUUUUGCUUGAUGAUGAAGGCAAUGUAAUUCACGGCAAUCCAGCGUCCGGGAACUUAGCAAUUGAUCGCCCUUGGCCAUCAAUGCUUCGCACAGUAUUUGGUGAUCAUAAACGUUUUAUGAAACCUACUUACUUUUCUUACUGGGUUACGGGUCGUGUGGAUGAUGUCUUAUGUAUCAGCGUGCAUCGUUUAUGGACACGCUGA